AGGAAAACAACACCGACAUUUUUUUGGACUCAUGUCCAAAAAUGGUAAUACACAUCCUAAAAAUUCUUCUACCACAACAAAACCAAAAGUAUCUACCUGUAAACGAUGUUAUUCCGUGACGACCAAAAAAAGUAGAAAACAACAUCGACAUUUUUUUGGACUCUUGUCCAAAAAUGGUAAUACACAUCCUACAAAUUCUUCUACCACAACAAAACCAAAAGUAUCUACCUGUAAACGAUGUUAUUCCGUGACGACCAAAAAAAGUAGUAAGUAAAAAUUCACUAAUUGCAAUAGCCGU